GUGCCGACUGACCGCCCAUGGCAGCCCAGCCGAAGCCCAUCAGCCCACUCAAGAACCUGCUGGCCGGCGGCUUUGGCGGCGUGUGCCUGGUGUUCGUGGGGCACCCUUUGGACACGGUCAAGGUCCGACUGCAGACACAGCCGCCGAGUUUGCCUGGACAGCCUCCCAUGUAUUCUGGGACCGUCGACUGUUUCCGGAAGACUCUUGUUAGAGAGGGCAUCACAGGGCUGUACCGGGGCAUGGCUGCCCCUAUCAUUGGGGUCACCCCCAUGUUUGCUGUGUGCUUCUUUGGGUUUGGUUUGGGGAAGAAACUGCAGCAGAAGCACCCAGAAGAUGUGCUCAGCUACCCCCAGAUCUUUGCUGCUGGGAUGUUAUCUGGCGUAUUCACCACAGGAAUCAUGACCCCUGGAGAACGAAUCAAGUGCCUGUUACAGAUUCAGGCUUCUUCCGGGGAAACCAAGUACGCUGGGGCCUUGGACUGUGCGAAGAAGCUGUACCAGGAGUCUGGGAUCCGAGGCAUCUACAAAGGGACUGUGCUCACCCUCAUGCGAGACGUUCCAGCCAGUGGGAUGUAUUUCAUGACAUAUGAGUGGCUGAAAAAUAUCUUCACUCCAGAGGGCAAGAGUGUCAGUGAACUUAGUGCACCUCGGAUCCUGGUGGCUGGGGGCAUCGCAGGGAUCUUCAACUGGGCUGUGGCAAUCCCCCCAGAUGUGCUCAAGUCCCGCUUCCAGACUGGUUGCCGUGGUCCGGUCAAGAAGCUUCCUGAAGCUUUGACAGUUGGGUUCUUUCCCACAGCACCACCUGGGAAAUAUCCUAAUGGUUUCAGAGACGUGCUGAGGGAGCUGAUCCAGAACGAGGGCGUCACGUCCUUGUACAAGGGGUUCAACGCAGUGAUGAUCCGGGCCUUCCCAGCCAAUGCUGCCUGCUUCCUUGGCUUUGAAGUUGCCAUGAAGUUCCUUAAUUGGGCCGUUCCCAACUUGUGAGGCCGAAGGCUGCUCAGAGCUUCCGGAUGUUGGAGGCUGACACCGAGGAGGAGCAGUGGGCAGGACUAGGGCAUCCUGAAGGGUGAGGGAAGGGGGACGAUGGGAUCAGAGCUCUGUGCAUGGACUUGGGGAGACCGUGGCCUUAAUGACACCUCUACCUUGUAGAACUUGGUGUGCUGUUUCGAAACUUGAAUUCACUCUUGUCAAUGAAGGGAUCUGAAGAGGAUUUAGAGAUGAAAUAUGUAGCUUCUAGACCAGGUAGCCCCUGUGCCCGGACUGCUGCCUACCCGCCACUGCUGGCCCUGCCAUGUCCCAGGACGCUCCUCGCAAAGUGACCCCAGCCUCACGCCAGCGGCACCAUGCAUGCUUCCAGGCAGCGGGUCAGGAGCCGGGGUCAUCUUCAGCCGUUAGCUGGGGGCACACCUGCCUGAUUUCCAGGGUGCACCUCAGCCUGGGCUGCGUGUGGCGAUGUGGACCUGAGGCCCGCAUCUGUCUGUCCAGGUGGACUGGGCAUCUAUGCCUAGCAACAGAGAGCCUGUCAAUGGUUGGAUUUGGACUUUUUUUUUAAACACAUGAAAGUAAUCAGAAGUAAGACAAGAGUAACGGAGUUUCCCAGGAGUGGGUGGAAAACAUUCCCUCCUCCACAGUGACAACAGUCCCAGCCUGCUAGGGUAAGUGAGGAAGUCCAGGGUGUAGGAAGACUCUUUGCACACUCUUUUCUUACGAGAGCGCCCUAUUUUAAUAGAAAACAAUAAAUAGUGUUUCUAAUUUUUG